AUGCAUAUCUCUAAUCCUAUCGUUUUCUCCAUUGUGGGGCUUAUGGGCCAAGUAGCUAUGGGCGGAGCAAGUGCCACCGCUACAAAAGCUUGUCAAGAAAUAUCCAAAGCCUUACCUAGUCGAGUUUCUUUCCCUUUGAGCAUUACAUAUUAUAACGAGGCUCGUGAGUACUGGUCUACCGUCCUAAGAGACCUCAAACCCGCUUGUGUGAUUCUUCCCGAGUCGGCGCUGGACGUAUCGGCAGCUGUGACGAUUUUGAACAAAUAUCCGGAUGUGAAGUUCACUGCAAGGAGUGGGGGGCAUGAUCCAAAUAUUGGACAUGCUACUGUCCAAGAUGGGGUACUUAUUUCACUUGGUAAGAUCUCGGGGACUACGUAUGAUAGGAAUAGAAAUGUUGCUUUGGUGAAGCCGGGUGGGGAAUGGAAUGAGGUUAUUGCCGCUUUGAAUAAGGAAGGGGUGACUAUCGUUGGAGGAAGAUUAGGAAUUGUUGGAAUUGGUGGGUUCUUGCUUCAGGGAGGAAUAUCCUUUUUGAGCUCGCAGUACGGACUAGCGGCUGAUAAUGUUGUCGGAUGGGAAAUCGUCACCGCCAAUGGCACUAUUAUCAAUGUCAACGCUGCGGAUCAGCCUGAACUUGCAGUCGCUUUACGUGGAAGUGGUAGUCAAUUUGGAAUCGUAACACAGUUCACCGUCAGAGCAUACCCCAUCGGUAAAGUCUGGGGUGGUAUGCGCAUCUACGACGAAUCCAAGGCCGAUGCCAUCUUCAAAGCUCUCCACGAGUUUGUACCAUACAAUCUACAGGACAAGAAGGCCGCUAUCAUCACUACAAACAUCUUUGCUAUUGGUGGAACGAGGGCAUUCAUCAUGUUUUACUUUUAUGACGGAGAAACUCCACCAACUACGGGACCGUUCGCAGAUUUCCUUAAGAUUGGCUCGAUCAUUGAUAUUACCAAGACACAGACAUAUCCAGAGCUGCUUAAAUCCAACGGUUUUGGUGCUUCUUUGUUAAACUCUAGAAUCUCAUUCAGAACCCUUACGCUCCCUUAUAUAGCCAACAACGGCGCUAUAUACGCUGAAAUCUCAGACAAGAUGCGAGAUAUCACUAAAGGCUUCCUCUCAAACCCUUUCAAGUUGACCUCCCAAUGCUCAGUCGACUUCCAACCACUAUCUUCAAUCGUUGGUCAACAUACCGAAGCACGCGGCGGAAACGCCAUGGGGUUGACUGGCUCGGACCCAGAUCGUCUCAUCUUAGAAAUCCAAUGCUCAUGGUCUGAUAAGAAUGACGACGACAUCAUGCGUCAGUUCUCCAUCGAUCUUACCAACUGGAUUGAAAGUAGAAUUCCCGUUUGGGUUGGAGGAGAGUAUGGACCGGCUGCGAACGUAUAUCUGCCACUUUUCAUGAAUGAUGCGAUGGCGGAUCAAAAUGUCACGGGAAGUUAUCGGGAUUAUGCUAAGUUUAAGGCUUUACAGUUACAAGCAGAUCCUCAGGGUAUUCUUAGGACGAGGACUGGGGGUUUCAAGUAUUAA